CAGGGGGCGGCCGCUGCGCGUCCCGCCCAGCUCUGAAGGCUGACCAGCUGCUCCUUUCUGGGCUGCUUUGCAGAUGUUGAUCAUCUUCACAAAUUAGAGUCUCCAUGGCCCGGACGUUACCUAAAAAUCAUUUUGAGUAAAAAAUCCAUUGAGUAACGUGAUCACAGCAUCAAGAUGGUGGGAAAACUAAAGCAGAAUUUGUUAUUGGCAUGUCUGGUGAUCAGCUCAGUGACUGUGUUUUAUUUGGGGCAGCAUGCCAUGGAGUGUCAUCACCGAAUAGAGGAGCGCAGUCAGCCAGUCAGACUGGAGAGCAUCAAGGCCACCGCCAGAACUGGCUUGAGCCUUCAAGCCAACAAGACUGUCACCUACCACAAGGACAUGCCUUUAAUCUUCAUCGGGGGAGUGCCUCGCAGCGGAACCACCCUCAUGCGGGCCAUGCUGGAUGCCCACCCCGACAUCCGUUGCGGAGAGGAGACCAGGGUCAUCCCUCGAAUCCUGGCCCUCAAGCAGAUGUGGUCCCGGUCCAGCAAAGAGAAAAUCCGGUUGGACGAGGCCGGCGUCACUGAUGAAGUGCUGGAUUCUGCCAUGCAGGCUUUCUUACUCGAGAUCAUUGUGAAGCAUGGGGAGCCAGCCCCGUAUCUGUGUAACAAAGAUCCUUUUGCCCUAAAGUCAUUAACUUACCUGGCCAGAUUAUUCCCCAAUGCCAAAUUUCUUCUUAUGGUUCGAGAUGGGCGUGCAUCCGUACAUUCCAUGAUUUCCCGGAAAGUCACCAUAGCUGGAUUUGAUCUUAAUAGCUACAGGGACUGUUUAACCAAGUGGAACCGCGCCAUCGAGACCAUGUAUAACCAAUGUAUGGAAGUCGGGUAUAAAAGGUGCAUGUUGGUCCAUUAUGAACAGCUUGUCCUGCAUCCUGAGAGGUGGAUGAGAACACUCUUAAAGUUUCUCCACAUCCCUUGGAACUACUCAGUACUGCACCACGAAGAGAUGAUCGGGAAGGCAGGGGGCGUGUCUCUGUCCAAGGUAGAGAGAUCAACAGACCAAGUCAUCAAACCAGUCAAUGUGGCAGCACUGUCAAAGUGGGUUGGAAAGAUACCCCCGGAUGUCUUACAGGAUAUGGCGGUGAUUGCUCCCAUGCUGGCCAAGCUCGGGUACGACCCACAUGCCAAUCCACCUAGUUACGGAAAGCCUGACCCCAAAAUUCUUGAAAACACAAGAAGGAGAAGGAAUCUGUGGGAAGUGCUGGAGUUGAAAAGUUGGCUCGACACGUCUCACCCUCCUCUCCUUGGCAUCAGCCCCUCCAACUUUUAGUGACAAACAUUGACUUUCACUCGUUCGGCAGCUAUGUGCUGAGUGCUUGCACCAUUCUGGUGCUGUGGAUGUUAUAGAAGACAUAGACUGUUACUUCAGGGAAUUCAGCUUAGUUGAGGACAUAAAACACGUGAGAAGUUGGCAAACCAAACAAGGCAAGCACAGAGUUGAAUUAUUAGACCUGCUUCUGCUUUUGUAAGAUCAGUGAGGUUUAAGCACAGACAUAGCCAUAUCAGGUUAGCCCCAUGAUCUACAUACAAGCCAAGACCCUCUUGCCAACAGAGACCCCAAGGGAAGUGUUUGCUGUAGGGUUAGCUUCCCUAGCAAUAACCUUUCCUCAUCUGUGGUCUGGGUCUGUGAGUGUGAGGGUCUGGCAACUGCCAGGGUAGAGCCUCCCCCUACCGGGGUAGGACUUAUCGAAUUAGAGACCAGCGAUACAGCUAGUUAUGUGAUAAAGGCUGAACUUGAACCCAGGCCGGCCAGCCCGCUAUCUACCAUGUCAGUCAGCUGGCUCUUAUGGGGUACCUCCAAAGUCUUGCCACAGUUUCAGGCUUUAAUAGCUUUGGUGGCCUUAAACUGUAGCAAGGCUUUUUGGGGUACCCUGUAUACCCCAGCUUCUCUCUGCAGCCAUUGAGGCCUCAUCAUUCCUAAACUUGGCCAGAUGCUUAAAGGUAGUUGUAUUUUCUGCCAUUAAUGCCUAGUUUAUAGGAUCCUAGAGCUUUUGAGAAGACCUUAGAAAUCCUCCAACUAGUCCCUUAAUUUUUCAGAGAAGGAAAUGGAGGCUGCAAGAGGUUACUGACUGGCCAGACCACACAGCAAACUUCAGACCAGCUUCUGGAACUCGCUGGGCCGCUGUAACAAGGAGCUCACUGUGUGCUGGAUGACUUUCUUUUAUUUGGUCCAGGUUUCCAAGGGGCCCUUUGUCCUCAUAUUUCUGGCUUUAGUGGACAAAUGCAUGCUCAUUUUUAAUAGAUUUUCACCAUUUCCUCCCCCACCCCACAUUAAAUUCAGCGAACACACCUGCUGUUGUUCCUGGGUGGGCCCAGAGGUCCUCUCGCCCUCCUGAUUAGGGCUCCCCUAGAAGCAGCUGUUCAUCCACCGUCAUCAUUCUCCUUGUAGCUUUCCUAAUCAUGGAUGCCUUUGGAGGGCAAGCAAAUGGUGGUGAUUGAGUUCCAGUUCACCCUCUUUUCCUUUGGAAUUUCAGAAAAAGGUGAACAUCUUAACUAUACCUGUGAUUGCUCCUUCCAUUCAUUCUGAUAUGUGAGCAUCAAAACACACCAAGCUAAUUCAUCCCAAUGUGGGUCUUCACAUUACUCAAAGGCUGCUAUAAAGAGAACAACUGAUCUCAGGUCCCUUUACAUAAGCUCCCUCUAAUAUAUUUGAAAGAGGACCACUUUUCCAAGAACACCUCUAUUGUGUAAAUAAAGUGACUGCCAAAUCCUGGCCAGGACAGGUUUAUUUAUUACAGGACUCAGGAUACCAGGGAGGCAUCAGCGUGGCCCUUCUGCAGGGUGUGAAAGGGAGAAGACGAUUCAUGGAUUUAUUUAGUUUAGAGCCUUGUAUGGAGGCUGGGAUUUAAUCCUAGACAGUCUUUGCUUUCAUUUCACCUUAGCAAACACCAUUAGUCAGCGCUUGGCUUCUUUGUUGCUGUAGGUCACUUGGGCUCUGGUGGAUGAAAACUGAAAAUUGGUCAACGAUUACAGAAUAAAAUCCAUCACUGUGGUGAAGUCCCUUCACAAUGGGCCAGCGGCACUCUAAGGUCCAGUCUGAGCAGGGGCAACUGUUGGUUUACAAAUUCAGUAGGAACUCACUUUAUUGGACUGCUUUUUUGUAGAAAUAUGUGCUGGAGCAGCAGGCAGACCUGUGUAUAAGGUUUUCUGAACGAUUAUUUAAUGAUUGUGAAGUGUUAGGAGAUGAAUGGGAUGAAUUUAUCCAAAUGCUCCAGUCCUACUUCAUCCUUAUUGCAAGAAAGGAAGGUCCCUUGGUAACUGCUUACCCUGUGUCAGCAGUGUGUGUGUGUGUGUGCUGCAGCUAACCCCGAAGUAUGGUGCCCCACCUAUAAAUGUAUCCCCAGGAUUUUCUUUGGUACCUGCUCAGGAUGG